CUUCUCUCUGUGUGCUUCACGAGCUUUGGUUCCAACUGUUCCCUCGCUACCCUUUGAUCUGGCAAGCUACCCAAUUAGGGGUCACAUCGAUUUUUUGCUGAGUACAACUGUUGCUACUACUACACUAUUUGGAGGUCCUUUUGUCUACUGACGAACAAAUCCCUGUGCGGAUUGCCACUCGUCCCAGCUAGGUAGCCAAACAGCUCUUCAAGUGUUGGUGCAGUUCUUCCUUGGCUAGAUUUCUUUAGGCAGCAGUAAAUAUCUGGGAACAUGGAGGAUUCGAGCCAGUUCAUGCAGUGGGCCAUGAGCACUCUGCAGCACGAUCACUCGCCGGGAACGCCGGCCGCUGCCUGCGACGAUGGCGGCGACACCUUCUCGUCACUCCAGUUGUUUGAUGGGUACUCGGCAUCACUGCUGAAUAGCAUGGUCCCGGGGGAACCACCAGCGCGAGAAGGCCACCGGGCCACUAACAGCUGGAGCUCGGGCGACACCGACAGUGGCAAUGGCGGCGGCAGCGCAUCUGUCACUGCCAUGGAGCGCGACGGCAGGUCGCCGUCGCAAAACUCGGUCAAGUGUGCUGCGCCCCCGAGCAGCGCUGGUAGCGGCACCAACAAGCCCCUGACCUGGAACUUCAACUCGGCGUCCGCGCUUCUGAGCAACGAAGCCGUGCCGAACUCUGCCGCCGCCGCAAGGGCAGCGAACGACGGCGGCGGCGUGCCGCAGAUGAUGCAGCACCGGCCAACGCCGAUGAGGAGAGCCUCUGCGAAAGGCUCAGGGUCCUCGUCGUCCGCGCCGUACGCCCAGGACCACAUCAUCGCAGAGAGGAAGCGGCGGGAGAAGAUAAACGAGCGCUUCAUCGAACUCUCCACAGUCAUCCCCGGCCUCAAGAAGAUGGACAAGGCGACGAUCCUUUCGGACGCGACGAGGUACGUGAAGGAGCUCCAAGAAAAACUCAAGACACUCCAAGACGGCGGCAACAAAGGCCAGAGCAUCGAGUCAACCGUGCUCGUCAAGAGGCCGUGCAUCGAGGCGCCGGACGACGAGGACGGCCGCCCACCGUCAUACGCACCAGCGGCGCCCAAGGUGGCUGCGACCAGUAGCGCGCUGCCGGAGAUCGAGGCGAGGAUCUCGGAGGAGAGAUACGUGAUGCUGAGGAUCCACUGCACGGACGCCAAGGGGGUCCUGGUCAGGGUGCUCGCCGAGGUCGAGGGGCUCCACCUCAGCAUCACGCAUGCCAACGUCAUGCUGUUCCCGGCGUGCACUCUGAUCAUAACCAUCACGGCAAAGAUGGAGGAGGGAUUCAACGCCACCACGGACGGCAUUGUUGAAAGGCUGAAUUCUGCACUGUCCCAACAUAGCAGAAAUAGUACAGAGGAAACAGAAGCUUCUGUUGAAAAAACUUGCUCAGAUAUGGCCAAAUAAUUUCUGGUCGUUCGUGGUGCCAUCAUCAAGUAUGCAAGAUUAUUACUUAACCCACAACUUGCAUGUGUACUUUGAUGCUGACAAUGUUGUGUGAUGGCCGUCUCGGGCGUUGAGAAUAUCUCCACAUAUCUUGAAGAUAGCUUAUUUGGUCGAUCACUACUUGUAGUCCUCAUUUCUCAAAUCAAAUUUAUCAUUUCUCGCUAGCUUUCACGAA